UAUAAGUUUCCGUGAAGCAAGAGCCGAGUACGCUGAUACUCUCUGUAGCAGAAAUGCACACUAUGGACAUCCUUGUUAAACUUCUAGAGAUCCUUUUCCUCGAGUUCGGUCGAUCUUGAAUUUCUGAAUCUCUUUGUUCUCUGAUACAUACACUCUAAACUUUCGAUCAGGCAUUACUGAUUGUCUUAGUGUCAGUCCUGAUCUAAGUGCAUGAUUUCCUCUGUUUUCUUGUAUCAAACCACAUUUUGUGCCUACAAGCAGUUUAUUAGUGGUGACCAAAUAUACCUCAAUCCUUCUAAAGUUUCGACCCUCUUCCUUGGUUACUGAUUUGGCACCAUCGUGCUUCUGAGAAGAGUUCACUUCCGCAGAUUUCAAGUUGUGGCCAAUAUGGCUGAGGAAAGCAGCAUGGAUUCUGAAGCGAAGAUCCCACAGGCUGCUGUGCCAACAAGCUAUGCACUAGAGGUGAUUUCAGAGGGAGUGCCACCGCAGCAAAACGGCAGUCUGGAAGAUGCCAAAAGGCGCGCCAGGAAACAGGAACGUGCCUUGACAGUGCCAUAUCACAAGCUUUUCUCAUUCGCGGAUUCCACCGAUUACCUAUUAAUGUCAGUUGGGACAAUCAGCUCCGCUGGAAAUGGGGUCACUAUGCCUCUCAUGACACUACUCUUUGGAUGGCUCGUCGAUUCUUUUGGAAAAAGUGCGAACCACAAACUCGUAUUGCAUGGUGUUUCCGAGGUGUGUCUGAAGUUCAUUUACUUGGCUCUGGGGUCGGGUGUGGCAUCUUUUUUGCAAUUUGCCUGCUGGAUGGUAACUGGAGAGAGACAGGCUGCACGGAUACGAAGCUUAUACCUUAAAACCAUUUUGAGGCAAGACAUUGGCUUCUUCGAUGAAGAAAUUAACACCGGCGAAAUAAUCGGACGGAUGUCUGGCGACACCAUUCUGAUUCAAGAUGCCAUGGGUGAGAAGGUUGGAAAGUUUAUACAGCUGAUCGCGACAUUCAUAGCAGGUUUUGUCAUAGCUUUUGCCAAGGGAUGGCUACUUACCGUAGUCAUGUUGUCUUCAAUCCCACCCCUCGUCAUCUCUGGUGCGAUUAUGACCAUCAUCAUAUCUAAACUGGCUGCAAGUGGACAAGCAGCUUAUUCAGUUGCAGCAACCGUGGUAGAACAGACAAUCGGGUCGAUAAGAACUGUUGCAUCAUUUACUGGAGAGAAGCUCGCUAUAGCCAGAUAUAACAAAUCACUGACUAAGGCUUAUAAGUCGGGUGUGCAAGAGGGUUUAGCCACGGGGUUUGGUUUUGGGGUGGCUACGUUCAUAAUGCUUUGCACAUACGCCUUGGCUCUCUGGUUUGGGGCGAAAAUGGUACUCGAGAAAGGAUACUCGGGAGGAGCUGUCUUGAACAUCGUUUUUGCAGUGCUGACCGGGUCCCUGUCUUUGGGUCAGGCAUCUCCAUACCUCAGUGCAUUUGCCGCCGGACAAGCUGCUGCAUUUCGGAUGUUUGAAGCUAUCGAAAGAAAGCCGCCGAUAGAUUCAUAUGACACCAACGGAAGUAUGUUGGAAGAUAUCCGGGGGGACAUCGAGUUGAGGGACGUGUACUUUAGUUACCCCGCGAGGCUUGAGGAACAAGUAUUGAACGGGUUUUCUAUCUCAAUAGCAUACGGUACUAAUGCAGCAUUUGUUGGGGAAAGCGGGAGCGGAAAAUCGACGGUCAUAAGUUUGAUCGAGAGGUUUUACGACCCUCAAGCCGGUGAAGUGCUCAUUGAUGGGAUCAAUCUGAAAGAGUUCCAGUUGAAAUGGAUUAGGCAGAAGAUUGGCCUUGUGAGCCAAGAGCCUGUAUUGUUCACUUCAAGCAUUCGAGACAACAUUUCUUAUGGAAAGGACGGCGCGACCGAUGAAGAAAUUUGGGCUUCUGCCAAACUUGCCAACGCUGCUAAAUUCAUCGAGAAACUACCCCAGGGGCUAGAUACAAUGGCUGGUGAGCACGGAACUCAACUAUCCGGGGGUCAAAAGCAGAGAAUUGCAAUCGCCAGAGCGAUUCUCAAAGACCCGAGAAUUUUACUCCUCGAUGAAGCCACGAGCGCCCUCGAUGCAGAAUCUGAGAGGAUCGUGCAAGAGGCCCUGGACAGGAUCAUGGUCAACAGAACAACCAUCAUUGUGGCUCAUCGCUUAAGUACAGUGAGGAAUGCCAAUGUGAUUGCCGUGAUUCGUCGAGGAAGGAUCGUUGAGAAGGGUCCACAUUCCGAGCUUAUCAAGGAACCUGAUGGAGCGUAUUCACAGCUUAUACGGUUACAAGAAGUCAACAACGGACAAUGUCCACCGCCCGAUCAAGACAGGUCAGAACUAAUAGUGAACUCGGGAAGACAUUCGAGCCGGCGCAUAUCCUUCAUCCGAUCCAUGAGUCAGGGGUCAUCUGGCAUUGAAAACAGUUCCCGCCACUCAUUUUCUGUGUUUGGCGUGCCAACCGGGAUAGGCCCUGAGGACACAGUGCCAGCUGAUUCCAGCUCUCCUCCUUCAGAAGCACUUCCAGACGUUCCAUUGUAUCGCCUGGCUCAGCUGAACAAGCCGGAGAUUCCUGUCUUACUUCUAGGCACUAUAGCCGCCAUAGCCGCUGGGUUGAUAAUGCCAAUUUUCGGGGUUUUGCUGUCAUACAUAAUCAAAACCUUCUAUGAGCCGCCUCAUAAACUCCGUGAAGAUUCGCAGUUUUGGGCAUUGAUGUUUGUCGUUCUUGCACUUGUGUCUCUGCUGGUGCAACCAUUGAAGUCCUACUUCUUUGCGGUCGCCGGCAGUAAAUUGAUUCAGCGGGUCCGAUCCAUGUGCUUCGAGAAAGUGGUUUACAUGGAAAUAAGUUGGUUUGACAGAGGCGAAAACUCUAGCGGUGCAAUAGGCGCGAGACUUUCUUCAGAUGCUGCUUCUUUCCGCGGUUUAGUGGGAGAUGCUCUGAGUUUGCUCGUUCAGAACAUUGCCACGACCAUUGCUGGCUUAGCUAUUGCUUUCGAGGCGAACUGGCAACUGGCCCUUGUAGUCCUCGCAUCGCUGCCCGUGAUGGUGGCAAAUGGUUUUGUCCAAGCGAAGUUCCUGCAAGGAUUUAGCGCUGAUGCAAAGAAACUGUACGAGGAAGCGAGUGAAGUUGUGGCUGAUGCGGUGGGAAGCAUUAGGACAGUGGCUUCAUUCUGUGCAGAAGAUAGGGUGAUGGAGCUGUACAAACAGAAAUGUCGUGGCCCGAUUAGAACAGGAAUAAAGCAGGGCCUGAUAAGCGGGAUCGGGUUCGGGACAUCAUUCUUCUUGUUGUAUUCUGUGUAUGCCGUCAGUUUCUAUGCCGGAGCACGACUUGUUGAAGAUGGAAAGACAACACCAGCCGCCGUUUUUCGUGUUUUCCUCGCUCUUCUUACGUCGGCGUGGUCGGUGUCUCAAUCCACUUCCCUCGUCCCCGAUUCUAGUAAAGCGAAGAGUUCUGCAGCUUCCGUAUUUGCCAUCCUCGACCAAGAACCGAAAAUCGAUGCGAGCAGCAAUUCCGGAACAUCACUCGAAAAUGUCAAGGGAGAGAUUCACUUCGAACACGUCAGCUUCAGAUAUCCCGCUAGACCCGACAUGGAAAUAUUCCGAGAUCUUUGCUUGGCAAUCAAAUCGGGAAAGACAGUUGCGCUGGUCGGGGAAAGCGGCAGCGGGAAGUCCACUGUGAUCUCACUGUUGCAGAGAUUCUACAGUCCAGAUUCAGGACACAUCACAUUGGACGGGACAGACAUAAGGAAACUGCAGCUGAAGUGGCUGAGACAGCAGAUGGGCCUGGUGAGCCAGGAGCCUGCGCUGUUCAACGACACGAUCCGAGCAAACAUUGCCUAUGGAAAAGAAGGAAACGCGACUGAAGCGGAGAUUGUCGCUGCAGCUGAAACCGCAAAUGCUCACAAUUUCAUCAGCAGCCUACAAAAUGGUUAUGAUACAAUGGUCGGCGAGCGUGGUGUGCAGCUCUCAGGCGGACAGAAGCAACGGGUGGCGAUCGCGAGGGCCAUAGUGAAGGCCCCGAAGAUCCUGCUCCUCGACGAGGCCACGAGCGCCCUCGAUGCCGAGUCCGAGCGGGUCGUGCAGGAUGCGCUGGACAGGGCCGUGGCGAACCGGACCACGGUGGUGGUGGCGCACCGGCUGUCCACGAUCAAAGGGGCGGACCUGAUAGCGGUGGUGAAGAACGGGGUGAUUGCGGAGAAAGGGAAGCAUGAGACCUUGAUCAACAUUGAGGAUGGUAUCUAUGCUUCCCUGGUGGCCAUGCAUUCCGGCACAUCAUCCUAGUGAAACUUAUGUAAAUUUUGGUCGAAGUGUUUGUCUGUUUUCUGGGGGUUAGUUCCUAAAUAUGGUUUUGGUACGAUUGUAUAUGUACUUAAGAGGGUCUACCUCUUUCUUGAUUGAGAAGCCUGGACUGAACAAUAAUGGACACUUUAAAAAUUUUCGAUGAAUGAUCGAUAUUUAU